UUUGUCGACGGUUAGCCAACUUUGCUCCUUUCGUCAACAUGAAGUUCCUUGCGAUAUUCCUCGCUGCAGUGGCGGUAGUCCGAGCUGACGCUGACGCCAAGAAGGAAGGAGGUCCUCAAUUCGGUGCCACCUACGCACACGCUCCAGGCUUCGCCAAGGCUUCGAUUGUCGCUCCUGGUCUCCACAAGACCGUCCUGAAGAGCUACAUCCCCGGGCUUGGCUCCAAACAAAUCGUGCAGCAGCAGGGCUAUGGAGGAGCUCUCGCAUACGGUGGUCUCGGCUACGACGCACCCGUAUACCAGGCCGGGUACGCCAAGACGGCUGUGACUCCUCUCGGCUACGGUGGAUACGGUUAUGAAGGCGUCCAUGCUGGUGGCCUUGGCGGUGGUCUCGGACUUGGCGGAGGAAUCGGCCUUGGUGGAGGAUAUGGCCUUGGUGGGGGAAUUGGCCUCGGACAUGAACUUGGAGGAUACGGUGUUGGUAUCGGAGGUCUAGGUUAUGGUGGCCCUCUUGGUGGUCUUGGAGGAGUUGGCGGUCUAGGUGGAAUCGGCGGUCUUGGAGGAAUUGGCGGUCUAGGUGGAAUCGGUGGUCUUGGUGGCUUUGGAGGAAUUGGAGGUCUUGGGGGAAUUGGUGGACUUGGUGGAGUUGGCGCCUAUGAUGGAGUAGGUUUAGGAUACGAUGGCAUCGGAGGAGCUUAUGACGGAAUUGGUUUGGGCCUCAACGGAAUCGGACAUGGCGCUAGCUACGUGAAGAAGGGUUACGGCCACGUUGUAGAUCACGGAUACGGAGGAGGCGUCAAGAAGAUCACCACUUACGAGAAGGCUGGUCAUAAAUACGACCGUAAAUAAACAUGUAUGAAUAGCCAAACUCAAUGAUCUCCUCGACUUAUAAGGCAUCGUAGCUACUCAGUUGCUUCAUUUUAAAUAGCGAAGGACUUGAGUAGAACAUUUUUAUAUUAUUGUUCCAGGGAAUAAUAAAACCAUGCUACUGAA